GCCACAGAGCUGGGGAUGGCGGGGCUGGCCGGGGUGCUCUGCCUCGCCGCCGCCGCCGCCUGCCUGCUCCCGGCACAGGGGCGGGAGAGCGACGCGGGAUGGACUCAGCAGAAGGUGGGUCGGGUCGGGCCGCGCCGGGCCGCCGUGGUCUUCCGCCGCCUCGCGGAUCUGUCCUUUGUCCCUCGGCCCGCUGCCGGGGGCACUGCGCCGCGCCGGGCGAGGUGGGCGCAGGUGAGGGGUGGCGGCUGCUCCCGCUCCGGGUACCGACGGCCGGGGGGGCGGGAGCAGCUCGGCGCCGCGGCAGGGGCUGCAGCUCCCGGAGCCCCGUCAGACCUAACGCCGCUAUGGAGACAACGAGCAGCGCUUCCCGAGGGGAUUCACGUUGAGCUAGCAAAAAGAGGAUGGGGUUGAGAUGAUGGCUACUGCAUAAGUAUUUUUGAAAGGAUACGGUAUUUUAAUGUCGUGUAGGGACCACACUGUAUUAUUCUUCAUUUAAAACGCUGUGUGAAGUUGUGGGGAAAAAAAAGUCCUGAGAUAAUGCUUAAGGAAACAACGUGUGGCAAAGCCUCUGUUUCCCUGUGCAGCUCUCUGUGGCUGAUUACGAAAUGCCAGCAUAGCUUCUUAAUGAACCAAAUCACAUGGAACACAGCUGAUUGCAGAACAGUGACUUCCACUGAAUUACAAAGCAUUCAUGAAUUUCAAAAAGAAAAAUGAUAGAAUCACAGAAUCACAUUCCUUUAGGCCCCACUGCUGGGCAUCAGUAGGAGAGCUGCACUCGGUGCUCACCUGGAACUGUGGAGCCCCACUGACCCCAUGUGGUGCUCUCUGUGCCCCUCAGGCAGAGCCAGGACAACCUUCAUGCAUUCCCAGUCGCUGCCAUUCAGUCCUUGUUCACUUUCCCCUUGAUAUCAUUCACUGCCCAUUCAACAGAGGCUGUGGGUUUUAAUUUUGAAAAUCAGGAGAAAUGUUGUCAUUCUGUUCUACUCCUGUUCUCUUUCUGUGUAUAUAUUUAUAUACACAGUUAUAUAUACAUAUAACGUCUAUCUAAUACACAGAAUCUACAUUCCUAAAGUAGGUGCUAAAAUCCCUAUGUAUGUGUGCAUGUAGGACCGUGUAAGUGAGGCAGACCCUCAGCUGUGGCAGUCAGCACACAGCUGUGCAGCCCCAGUGCUCCCUUUGCAGCCCCCUCAGCCACAGUUGCACACUCUGCACCUCAUUUUACCCCAACCCUCCAAGCUGCUUCCUCAUGAUGUAACCAACCACAGAACCACAGCACUCGAACUCCUCAGCCCCAGCAGGCGCCCACCAGGAACCGCUUCCUCUUUCUCAUCAGAUUCUCGUCCCUUGACAACUUCUGCUCCUUCCCCCCCUGAAGGGAAGCAUGAGCCAAAAGCUGGAUGUCUCAGGAGUGCACAGCCCACUCCCUCCUGCUGUCACAGGGAGGAGAAACCAGGUCCUAAACUUAGCAGCUCUCAGAAGAAAGCUUUCAUUGGCACUGAGACGGAAGGUACUCAAAUCAGCAGGAUAAGCAUGGGCUGCUGGUAGAAGCUGAAGUCUCGCCAUUUGUGCAGCUUAGCGCAGAAGGCUCAGCGGCAGCCCUGCCAUGAACACACUGCUCUGCCACAAACAGCAGCAAACACAGACUGAGCCAUCCCGAGGAAUGAGCCACCGACACGCUUUGCUCCAUUCCUCUUUUACUUCAGUAAAAGAAGAGCCUUUGUAAAACUUUCAAUUCCCAGAUUUUAACAUGUUUUUACUAUUAUGAGUAGGAAUGUAUUCCUUUCUUCUGAAGCAUUUUCACACCUGUACUAUAACAAAAACGUUUCUUUAGAAAGUGAUUCCAUGACCCCAGCUAUCGGAGAAGCUCUGCUGUUACUGAGCAUCCUCACCGAGUCCUUUACUUCUUCAGCUGUCCUUCCGUCUCCUAAAGCAUGCAGUUCUACUUUCCCUCUCUCCUCCUAAGCAGAGCAGUUCUGACAACAUUUCUCGCCCUUGCCUUUUCUAUGUAUGUGGAAAGGUCCUCACACAAAUAACAGCUGGGAAAUUGGAAUGAGGAGAAUUAAAUGCUUAGUGUACAGUCAAGUCCAGAAAACAUCUGUGCUGGUGCCUACUUUGCUCAGCACAAACUAAGGAAGGAGGAAAGGUGACAAAUUGUGAGACAACUUUCUUUCUUUAAAACCAUAUUUGUCUGUCAGGGUAAUUAAGAUAAAAGGCGAUUACAGGAACUGCAGAAGGUCGCAAGGUCAGCAUGCUUUGCUGACCAGGUAAGGAAUGAGUUUCUGCAGUCAUUGUAGGCAGAGAUUAAACGAUGCAUCUGAGGAAGCAGGGAAGGAAGAGGAAUGAUUUUUUUAAACUUUUUUGGUUAACACAUUCAGUGCUGAAGUGAGAGUAAAUGCAUCUAAGAACACAUCAGCUCAGUGCACCAGCAGCCCAAUAGCAACUCCACAAUCAAGCAUUUGUAAGACAGGAAAAGAAUAAAAUAGAAAAUACCAGCACUAUAAGCUGUGGUUCUCUCCUGCUCCUGUUUCUCUGUCUUUCAUUUUCUGAAGAAGGGAUAAGGUACACAGGGCAGACUGAAGGACGGCAAGUUUCAUCAACCCUGUGUGGCAGUUCUGAGCAAAGCGUGAGUGAACACAGCAGGGUAUUUCACUGGGAGAGGGGACCAGAAGGAAUUCCCUAUGACAGAAACAUGGAAUGGGUAGGAUACAAAUAUCCUAUGAUAGUACCUAUCAUGUUUACCUAUAGAACCAGGAGUGGCUCAGGAAGUUCCUGAGAAGACAACGGCUGAAAUCUGAGUAGGUUCAAACCUGGUGCCCAAAGAGCACUUGAAAUGUCCUUGGAUUUCCUGCCUGGCAUUCACCUGUUGCUCCAGGACAUCAUAAAGCUCAUCCCUGAUGGAUUUGCCUGCCCCAUGAAGAUGCAACAGUAUUCUCACCAACCGAGUAUUUUACACCCUGAUGCUAUCCGAAAUGUUGCAGAAAAAACAGAUGUUACUGAAAUGUGGGAGAAUGAUUUGCGCCCCAUCCUGAUAGAAAGAUACCCAGGGUCACCAGGAAACCACGCCGUACGGCAGCACAUCAAGGAGCGCCUUCAAAGACUCCAGGCUGGUUGGGAAAUCGAAGAAGAUACCUUUCAGAAGUACACACCCUAUGGAUAUCAAACAUUUUCAAAUAUCAUCAGCACUCUCAACCCCUCUGCAAAGCGCCACCUGGUCCUCGCUUGCCACUACGACUCAAAGUUCUUUGGCCCACAGUGGCAUGGAAGAGUGUUUGUGGGAGCAACCGACUCUGCUGUGCCCUGUGCCAUGAUGCUGGAGCUGGCACGUGCCCUGGACAAUAAGCUUCAGUCCAUCCAGACAAGCUCAUCAUCAAGACCUGACCUUUCACUUCAGCUUAUCUUUUUUGAUGGAGAAGAAGCUUUUGUCCGGUGGUCCCCCUCUGAUUCCCUCUAUGGGUCUCAACACUUGGCUCAAAAAAUGGUAUCUACUCCACAUCCACCGGGUUCAACCACCACAAAUCAACUCCAGGGCAUGGACCUGCUGGUACUACUGGAUUUAAUUGGUGCAUCAAACCCUGUCUUUCCCAAUUACUUUCCAAACACUAGCCGAUGGUUUCAGAGGCUUCAAGCAAUUGAGCAGAAGCUACACAGCAUGAAUCUGUUGAAGAACCACCUUGAUGAAACACAGUAUUUCCAGAAUAAUGUACAUCGAGGCUUGGUUGAAGAUGACCACGUUCCAUUUUUAUUGAGAGGGGUUCCAGUCCUACAUCUGAUCCCGUCCCCUUUUCCUGAAGUUUGGCACACUAUGGAGGACACUGAAGAAAACCUCGACCAAACCACUAUUGAAAACCUCAGCAAAAUCCUCCAGGUGUUUGUACUGGAAUAUCUAAACCUGUGACACGUUGGCUGCAAAUCUUACUUCAUUUUAAAUGUUUGCUCACCUUCGCUUCUGUUAUUUAAUUACAUCAGGGAGCACCGAAGCAAAGCAAAAUAUGGCAGUAGCUCUUGUUACACUGAUUACUGAUUCGGUUGUUCCUGGCUCAACAUUCCAUAGAAAGAAAUAAAAGAUGGCAUUAAAUAAGAACUUGUUUCAGCCCAGAAAUAAUUUGACCUUUCAAUGUCUUACCUCUGAAUAAACCCAAAUAAAAUUCCAGAGUUUUCCCCCAUAGUUCUCACUGUUUUUAUGUCACACAUUAAGAUCCCAGUAGGGGAUGCCUCCACAUGUGUUCAACUCCAAUUUUUUACAAGGUGUUACCAACUUUGGCAGUCUUCAGCAACGGAAAUUUUUUAACACGUUAUCAAAAAAAGGCACAAAUCACAUUAAAACAAGCUUUGCUCUGGGCUGAACCAAAUCACGUGAUCAUGAAAUCAGCUGCUAGAAGUCCUGACAUGCAAUAGACAUUUGUUACUCUCUCUGUUCUCUUCCCUCCUCCCCUUAAGGGGGAGGCUGCAGGGCCACCAGGAAACAAAAACAUGGCACGAAAUCAAUUCUCUCCCAGUUGUUUCUGGAUACUUUUUGAUGGAGAAGCGUGGUGGGAAGCGAGAGCGGCAGGAAGGGCUGUGGAGGCUUCCACUGUGCUUCAGCUGCAUAGAGAAUAGGCGCUAUGUGGGAGCAAUGACCAAACACAGCAUUCAUGCACCUCAGAAUCAUUCACAGUUUGACCCAAAAUACAAGGAAAAUUGUUUGUAAUACAGCUUACAUCAGAAGUAGCCGUACUAUGAACGUGAUCAUUUUAGAAACUGCAGUUUUAUGUAGGAAUCAUUUUAAAAGCAAAGUGCUAUCUAUGAAAACGGAAGUAAGUACAGCAGUGAGAAGACGACAUCAAAAAGCCAGGAAUCUAUCAGAUAAAGAUACUCACCAUUCUAACAACCCUGCACUCGUAUGUUUCUUACUGGAAUUGUUCAAUACCUUUAGGGUAGCACUAUGGCAGCACAAAUCUACCUGCAAUGCCAUCAGUUAACAGAAGAAGCCAGAACAGCAGUAUUCAAAAGCUACAUACAGGAUUACGGUUUCCUGUGGGGAGAAGAUGAGGAGAUCUGAAAAUAAAAAAAGAAAAUCAAACACUAUAAUAAGAAUUAAUUAGCUAAGCUGGUAGAUGAUGAAGUCAGUAUUUGCCUGUUUCGAACUUCCACCAUUAGAAAGUUCUAUACUGGACAUAGAGAUUUAGAAAAGGAAAUAAAUAAGCUGUGAAGCUAUAGGCACAUCAGACGUGGUUUCUGUUUUAGUAUUUUACCAUUUUCCUAAAGCAAAGAUUUCUGAAUCUAAGCAAAAUAUUUACAAACAUAUUUUAAAGUUUCAAUAGAAACUUGUAUUUACAGCAAUGCACAUUUGUUAAAUGCUACUAUUACACAACGGCCUGAAAAUGAAAGUUGAUCUGUCUUUGGUGCUUGAGAUAAAACAAAAAAAGCAUUUCGUUUCCCAUCUUUUUACUGUUUGUGAGAAAUGUUUCUUCUGUGUGUGAAAGUUCCAAAGUAGAACACAAAUAAAGUUCUAAAAAUGGG